AUGUUUUCAACGGCGUUGCAGCCUUCAAUCAUUUCCCUUUUCUCCUCUACAGGAAGUGACCCACUCGCCUUGUUCUCUGUACACAAGGAUGAUUUACUUCCAGCCGAUUCCUUUGUUGUCCUUCUCCACGACCGCCUUUCCCAGCCACCCCCUCCAGCGCCUGCGGUACUAAUUACUCUACAACAUUUUCAAUACCAAGAGGAUGACUCUGAAUCGUAUGGAUAUUGCCUAGAUCAGACCGUCCUUCACAUCCAAUCGCCCACCAUUACGACGACAUAUAUUCAAUCACCCCCGGUCUUAAAUAAUAGCUCAGGUGUCAACGGUCUCGGUAUCAAGCACCCGUGGAUUCACCUCCAAGUCCGGAAUCUAUCCAAGGAGUGGGCCUUCGAAGUUGGGAUUGUGGAUCUGUCUGCUCGGGUUGGAAUCCUCCGACUGUCAACAUUUCAGGCGCGACCACGACUUAAACUGAGCCACAACAAACCUCCCGUUCUCCAUCUGCCACUCUCCUUUCCGCCAACCUCAUCUCGGCUUCUUACUCCAUGGAGCACAAUCGCUUUGCACCUACCUACUGUCAUGGCACGCUUCUCGACUCCUAGUGUAAUAACAGAUCAUGAUGAUGAAGAAUGCAGAGGAGGCUGGAGUUCAGAUCCGAAUAGAACUAUCCCGAUGGGUGGCUAUUCGCACGUGUCUCACGUUCGCAUCUACGCGACCUGUCGCCUUCGAAGAAUCUGGUUUGGGGAUAUUGGUCCCAGCCAGAAGGUCCCUUGGGAAUUCGAACUAUAUGCUGACUGA